AUGCAGCGUUUUGAGCCUGUGGAGUUGGUUUUCUGGAAGAUCGAGAAUGCCAGUGUCGGGAAGCACGUUUUCCUGAACGUAUCAAUGGGCUUAUCCAGGCCAAAAACCCAUCCCCCGAUAAUCCAAGUAGUCAUCCAGAACAACAUGAAGCAUAUGCAUACGCAUAGUCUGUAUUGGAGGUCGUGCUAACGUUAAAGUGGCUCAUGGGGGUCGGUGGGUUUUUUUCUGUGAAUAGGGCUACAACCUCGACCAUAAAACUCGAGUCAAAACGCACCACAGUAUGCGCGGCACUGGAGCGGGAGUUACAGGUACUGCACCCGGGGUCGUGAGCACAAUCCCCGAGGGCAUCAACUCAUCUGCAACUAUUCCACCCGGCACGACCUCCGCCCGUGGGGCCGGAACGCAAGACCAGGCAACUCUCGGUUUCCGCCUGGAUUUAAGGGAAACAAUUCAGAUUAAUUUCGAUCCGAUGGAGGAGACCGAGGUGCUUACCAUAGAACUGCGCCAGCAAAACAUCUACAACAGCGAAAUCAUAUCCAGGUUCUUGAUACGAUUCAUUUUCAUUUUUCCAUUUAUUGUUUGAUUGGGAUUGGAUUGCGAUGUUCCAGAAAAGCAAAAGCUAUAAGCUAUUGCUUUCUUACGAAUCGCGCACAGAGCAUAGAUGCGUCGUUUUUAAUAUUUUUUUGUGCCGGUGCCAUUGGUAUUUUCAGCUUCAGCGUAUGGUUCGGUAUCAGCUUAGCUUUUGCUGCGACGCCGAAGGUCCGAUCAAGAAAGUCGGGAUAGGAUGCGGAAGAAAGUCGUCACAUCUAGCUUCGACGACACAAAAACAGCAAUUGCAAUAAUCCUGACCACACUAACACCCGCGUUUCACUCAGGACGAUUGAACACUGAGUACCUGUGAGGACGCGCGGCAAUGAUCAGAGUUGACAGGUGUAGUAGCUAGUACUUACUUAUCAGGAACCAUAGAACUACAUUGAGUAGUUGUCACUGUAUCAUUUUCCGUUCUGUUGAAAGAUGUGAAGACUUUCCAUUUUUUUGUUCAGAUGUCAAAUUGGUGGCGGCCAGCUAGCGAAGAUGAUUGAGCGGGAACGGGGGAACGCGGAGCGAAAUCCGGUGCUGAAUCCUUACUUACAAACGUCUCGUACGGGUACAGUGUCACACCACACGACGCGGCUGCUGUUUGACCAAGAGCAGCGCGACGAGGUGGGCUCGGGGCAGCUCUGGGAGACCCUGGAAAUGGUUCCAGCGGGCUUGCUCUACUUGCGCUGCCUGCCUGUCCGAGAUCAGGUGGGGGAGGACGAUGUAUAAGUGAAGAACUUCAUUUUUUUUACUGGUAAGAAUAAGCUGCGUUCGCGAGACGCGGUUUGUGUUCACCGCGUGUUGGUGCUGGCGGACGCAAAGAUCUUCCUCUUCCUUGGCGAACGGGUAGUCGAUGUCGUCGGACAAAAGCUAAGAUAUUGAGUGUAAGGACUUAAAGUUAUUUUUUCUUUUGCGCGUCAAAGUUGUACUCGCUCCUCCGCUCACAGCAAUUAUGAAUGUCUGACUCAUGAUCUUCCGGCGUCGUACCCAGGAAGCCGCACAGUUGGCACAUGAAACGCACAGUGACAUGUAUUAUAGCUCAGAGCGACGACAUCGUGUUUAGGUUUACGGCUUCGUUGUCUGCUCUACUCUGGGCAAAAGAAAGAGAAA